CGCCGUCGUCCUUUGGCCGCAGGAUGUCGUUUUUCUCAAGGCCAUCCUCUUCUGCUGUAAAGAUAGUCGCCCCUUCCUCCUCACAUUCAGAGCCUUCGAGCCCGAAAUUCGCCAGGAAGGACAGCACACAGAGACAAUGUAGAAAUAUCAUGAUAUAUGGAUCGUGUAAAUUUCAGGACAAAGGCUGUAUCUACUACCAUCCUCCUCUCGACUCUUCAUCCCCUGUACCCCCGGAUUCACCAACCCCGAGUGCCGCGCUGCCCGCACAAGCGGUAAAUGCACCUGUGUUCGUACCAAAGAACCCCGCCAGCCCAGUCCCCGCUCCCGCUGUACCAAGUAGCCAUAUUGGGCCAAUUUUCGCAUUAUCAACAGGUUCAUCCGAAUAUCACUACGACGAGUCAGGAGCCUAUGACUCUCAAGCUCAGCAGUCUGAUAUGAGUGCCAACCCGGAAGGCGUAGCUAAUUUGGCAGAACAUUUUCAGGCACUCGAUCCCUCAAUGAAUAUGAAUCCGUAUGACCAAGUGGGGGACAUGCAUCUCAUGGACUACGAUGGCGCAAUGGACCCUUUCUAUUCAACCGAAGGCGCCUUCGCGCAUCAGCCAUUGGACUAUCACCUGUAUACACAUUCUCGACCGGAGGCGUUGCAGCAGCGCUAUUUCAUCUCUGAUAAUGUCCGCGAAGAGCUCCAAAGACGGUCAGAGGCGACCUAUGCAGCUCCUCCCCCGGGGCUAAAUUUACCAGAGGAGACACAAGGCUAUCACUCGCUGAUGCCCCUCGAGUCCACGAUCGGUGAACGACGCAAGUUUGGGAAUUGGUACUCCACUGUAUACAAGGCACUUAACUCUCAAGAUGGCAUCGCAUACGUACUGCGGCGAAUCGAGAACUAUCGACUGAAUAGCCAGGCCGCGUUUUCUAGCAUUGAGUCUUGGUCUCGUCUCAAGCACCCGAAUGUGAUCUCAGUUAAGGAAGCCUUUACCACACGAGCGUUUAACGACAAUUCUCUCGUUGUCGUGUAUGAGUAUCACCCCACCGCUGAGACUGUGUUCGACGCGCAUAUCAAGACGAAGGCUCCUCAGUUUCAGAACGGCCGACUUCAAGCGCAAACUAGUCGCAUAGCAGAGCGUACCCUCUGGUCGUAUAUCGUCCAGAUUGCCGGUGCGAUCAAGACCGUCCAUGAUGCCGGGCUCGCUGUUCGCGUCGUCGAUCCUACCAAGAUCUUGGUCACUGGUAACAAUAGGGUCCGUGUCAGUUCGUGUGGCAUCGUAGACGUCCUCAUGUUUGAGGCUCGGCAAGACAUCGCGAUGUUGCAGCAGGAAGACUUAGUGAUGUUUGGCAGGCUGAUUCUCAGUCUAUGUUGUAACAAUCUUGGAGCCGUCAAUAACCUGCAAAAAUCUUUGGAGAACGUUGGCCGGAAUUAUCCGCAGGAGAUCAGGAACAUCAUUGUGUAUCUCAUGCAGAAGCCGAGCCCCUUGAAGACCAUCCGCCAGGUGUUCGAUAUGAUGAAGCCUCAGAUGCUGCAAGAGUUCGAUGAGUCUCUGAAUGCUGUCGACCAACUCGAAAGCGAUUUAAUGAGCGAGCUCGAGAAUGGCCGUAUAGUGCGCCUUCUUUGUAAAUUCGGUUUCAUCGACGAACGGCCCGAAUUCGCGCGAGACCCUCGGUGGUCGGAAACUGGUGACCGAUAUAUUGUUAAGCUGUUCCGUGACUAUGUCUUCCACCAGGUCGACCAGAACGGUCAGCCAGUCGUCAAUAUUUCUCACGUUCUGACGUGUCUUAACAAGCUGGAUGCCGGCGUUGAUGAGCGCAUCAUGCUUGUUUCUCGUGAUGAGCAGAGCUGUCUCGUUGUCAGUUAUCGUGAGAUCAAGUUAUGCAUGGAGUCUGCUUUCAGCGAGUUGUCUGGUCGGUAGUCGCCUUCGCUUCAGUUGGACGAAAAUAGUUAGAACCAGAAAAAGACGCGAAAAAUAAUAAUAAUAUUCUUUGUAUUCUGAACACUCGAACUUUAAUCGCUU